GCCACACGAAUUAAACUCACGAAAGUGUAAAAUAAUUGUUCAUCGAAUCGAAUAAUCGAUAAACACACGCAGAAUCAAAACCACCGCUAACUCCUCCGGCUCAGCAAUCGGAAUAGAAGAUGUCGACGGUGUACGUUUUGGAACCGCCGACAAAGGGAAAAGUGAUCGUGACCACCACGCGCGGCCCCAUCGAUAUUGAACUAUGGCCUAAAGAAGCUCCCAAAGCCGUUAGAAACUUCGUUCAACUUUGCCUCGAAGGUUACUACGAUAACACCAUCUUCCACCGUAUCAUCAAAGGCUUCCUCGUUCAGUGCGGCGAUCCCACUGGCACCGGCACCGGAGGUGAGAGUAUUUAUGGAGAUGUGUUUGGUGAUGAGUUUCAUUCGAGGAUUAAGUUUAAGCAUAGAGGUUUGGUUGCAAUGGCGAAUUCUGGAACACCGAAUUCUAAUGGAAGUCAGUUUUUCGUUACUCUUGAUCGUUGUGAUUGGCUUGAUCGGAAGCAUACCAUUUUCGGAAAGGUGACAGGAGAUACAUUGUAUAAUCUGUUGAGACUUGGUGACGCUGAGACUGAUAAGAAUGAUCGGCCUUUAGAUCCCCCAAAGAUAUUAUCAGUUGAGGUGUUGUGGAACCCCUUUGAGGACAUUGUUCCAAGAACACUUCAGAAACCUCAGACCAAAGCUACACGUGAUGGUGAUACAGAGGGUAAAAAUGAAAAGAAGAAAGGUGUAAAAAAUUUGAGUUUGCUUUCAUUUGGGGAAGAAGCUGAAGAAGAGGAAAAGGAAUUGGCAGUGGUGAAGAAAAAGAUUGUGAGCAGCCAUGAUGUCUUGAAUGAUCCUCGCCUUCUAAAGGACGAAAAUGCUAAUAAUGAAUUGAGUUCAUCCGACAGUAAAAUAAAAAAAGAUCGGCAGUUAUCUGUAAGGGAUGCACUUAACUCUAAAAAAGAAGAGCCUCAGAAAGAUUCGGAAGCUGAUAAAUUGGCUCAUCUUAAUUCCAGUGAUGAUGAUGAAGCAGAUUUUGAUACAAGAAUGCGCAUGCAAAUACUCAAAAAGCGGAAGGAACUGGAUGUUCUGCCGCCCAAACCAAAGUUGAAAAAUGGAAGGUCCAGGUCCAGUCCAGAGAACCGUACUUUGUCAAGAGCUAGGUCCAACUCCGUAAGUGGUGACGAGGAUCAACCAAGAGUGGAAAAAUUGUCCAUGAAGAAAAAGGGAAUAGGAUCCGAAGCAAGAGCUGAACGAAUGGCUAAUGCAGAUACAGAUAUGCAGCUUCUGAAUGAAGCUGAGAGAGGAAGACAACUGCAGAAGCAGAAGAAACGCAAACUUCAAGGGCGUGAAGAGGAAGUUCUGGCAAAACUUGAGAAGUUUAAAACCAAGGUAUCAGCAAAGGAGACACCCACAACUGUUGAAUCUAAACAUGCUAAUGAUGAGGAAUUAACUGACUGGAGUAGUGUUACCUUGAAAUUUUCCCCCGGAGUUGGCAAGGACCACAUGUCUCGCAAAGAGGAUCCAAAUGAUUAUGUUGUGCAUGACCCACUUUUGGAAAAGGGGAAAGAGAAGUUUAAUAAGAUGCAAGCCAAACAAAAGAGACGAGAACGGGAAUGGGCUGGGAGAUCUCUUACUUGAUUCUGCUGGUGUCAACUAUGUGAAUUUACAAAGCUAAUCUGUUUUCAUUUCUGAAGGCUGGUAUAUCCUUUCAGCUAUGGGAGUACCUUAUGUAUCAAGUAGGGAAACUUCUCAGUGAAAUAGAGGAAAAACUUGUUGGACAUAGGAUGGUGAGCUUGGUAGACAAGGAAACUAAUGUAAAAUUUAGGGUUACUGUUCCUGUCUUAAUCUAUGCUGCAUUAUUGCUAACUCUUCAUCUUUUAGUUGAAGCCAAAUGGGGAAGAUCUCAUGAAAGGAUACCCGCAUUCAUUGCACCAUGUGAAAGGACAUAGUUCGACAUAAUUGUAGUUUUGGUGCAAUGUUCAUAGAUGUAUUGUUUAGCUUUUCACAGAUAUACUUGUUAUUUGUAUUAUAUAUAUAUAAUUGUGGAAGUUGGAACCAACGUGUUGAGUUGAAAACUUAAUUUUAGACAUACGAAUUUUUUGUUUGGCUAAA